AUGAACGGCUAUUCACCUAAAUCCGCUUCUUCGUACGGAUUACCAUCUCCAUCUACUUCUUAUAGAAGGUUCUCAGAGGAACAGUCGCCUUCUCCCCUCCCUCAAUACUCCCUGUCGUCCGAUUAUACUCAUCUAGUAGAAGAACCAGGAAUGAAAGUCGUCAUAGCCCGUAAAGUAGCUAAGCUGCAAGACUCGUUACCCAACCUGUCAUCAGAUAAUCUCCGUCAAGCCAAGGCAGAUAUGAUGUACCUCCUUACGAUCUUAGAUGGGCAAGGGGAUGCGGUCGCUCAAUGCAAAGCAGGUGCAGUGUAUAGUGCUCCUGUUUAA